GUCUAUUUUUACAAGCUUUACAACUCAUUUGAAUAAUCAGCUACGAUCAGUGAAAGAGAAAUAAUAAAAGAAGACAGGGUGAUUGAGAAUUAAAACAUGCCUUCUCUCGUAGCAAGUGACUAGAAUCAAUUGAAUGCGAGGGACACCAUGGGCGAUCCAAAUCGCUCGAUCGUCUUCCUUCGUGCUCAUUUGUCCGGAAUAAAUGUCUGAUACGUACGUGCACGUCAGCUUCCAUAUAUAAAUAAGUAUGAAUAAGUAACGCGGUGGCCGUACGCUGGGAUCAAGGCAGGCGAAGACGAUCAGACUUUACCCAAUUUUCUCUAGUAACGCACGAUCUCGUAAAAUAUUGUAGCGAUGAAAAUAUCAAAGUCCACUAUUGUUCUCCUGGUCCUGAUGCUGAUAUUCUCCAUCUUGAUGGCGAAUAUAGCUGAUUUGAUCAGCAUCAAUCCUCAUUUUCCAGAUGAAACCUUGGGAGACAAUAACGGAGAGAUACAAUGGAUCGAACCAAAGUAUUAUAACAUAGCAAAUUCAUAUAAUCACUUAAUAUGGUUCCUACAGAUAACCGAUAUACAUAUAAGUAUCUUUAGGGAUCCAUCUAGACUAUCAGAGUUCAAGGAAUUCUGUAAUAUGACAGUAAAUGCUAUUCAGCCUAGAGUUGUUCUUGCUUCUGGAGAUUUGACUGAUGCCAUAGUUAAAGAUGGAUUUGGUUCUAAACAAGAACACCGAGAAUGGCAACAUUAUAGAUACAUAAUAGAUCAGACUAAUGUCAGCAAGAAAGUUUUAUGGUUAGAUGUCAGAGGAAAUCAUGACAACUUCGACAUCAUCAAUUUUGAUUCCAAAAAUAACUAUUAUUUAUACUACUCUAUUCAAGGAAAGAAACAUCCUAGAUCUUACAUGUACAAUAUUGAUACUGGUCUUGAAACAUACUCCUUUAUUGCAAUUGACGCUUGCUUGAAACCAGGUCCUAAGAGACCAUUUAAUUUCAUUGGUAUUUUAGAUCAAGAUGAGAUUAAUAGGAUACAACAGUUAAUUAAUCGAUCAAAAGAAAGCAAUGCUGCUCAUGCGGUUGUGUUUGGGCAUUACCCUACAUCCAGCAUAAUAUCACAAGCUGAUACAAAUAUCAGAAAUAUUUUAGGUAGUCACAAAGAAAGCAUGGUGUAUCUGUGUGGUCACUUCCAUACGCUUGGCAAUAUGGUACCCAACAUGUACUCUUUACAAAAGGCGGGUUUCCUUGAGCUAGAAUUAGCAGAUUGGAAAGACAAUAGAAUGUAUCGCCUAGCCGCAAUAGAUCAUGGCCAAUUUUCAUUUAUUGAUGUAAAACACAAUGAUUGGCCUGUAAUAUUAAUCACCAAUCCAAAAAACGUGCUAUUUAUGAUACCACAAAAAGAAAAUUUGGAAUCUGUUAUCAAAUCCACGCACGUCAGAAUACUAGCAUUUUCUACGGUUCCGUUAAAAACUGUAGAAAUUCAAUUAGAUAAUGAUGUUUGGCAAAAAUGUGGUCAUGUAAAUGGACCUCUUUAUGUAUUGCCAUGGAACUCGACGAGAUACAAGGAGGGUAUUCAUCAAAUAACAGUACGUGUGGUUGAUAAUGAAAACAGAAGGAAAAUUGUAUCAAAUUUUUUUUCCCUUGACGGAUCAUGGUUAUCUGUUUCUAUUCUUCCAAAGUUAGUACUGAUGGCUAACAUAGUUUAUAUUUUUCAGUUCCUAUUCCUCGUUACAUUGAUAUUAGCAAUUAUUCCGCUGUGCUUCCUUCGAUUCGUUCACAUGUAUUACAAGAAUAACCGAAUAGAACUACCGCGGCGACGUAUGAAGUUUUUUCAUUUGUGGCUGAGGAAAUUAUGGAUACUAUCCGCCGUUGAUAGAGUAUUUUAUGGACUAGUGUUGUAUACGUUAUAUUUUGCUGUCGGUCCAUGGACUAUGGGAGAAAUAAUUGAAGAUCACACAGGUGUAAUUUUUGUGUGGGGAACAUUUAUUGGAAACAUGUAUUUACCAGGCGGUUUAACUUAUGCUUAUGGAUUCCUUCAGUUACUGUGUUUCCAUUUGCCUCUUACAGUAACUUUAGCGCAUCACAUUGAUCGUAGAUUACGAGACGCUGAAUGUCCUUUGCGAAUCUUGUCAAAAUUCCAUAUAGUUUGGCGAUUUUUACCAAUUUUAAUAAUAAUCUUAUUACAAUUUAUUCUGGGUUAUUUCUUAUAUCUGGAAUAUGGUACAACAGCAAUAUUACUAUGUCCAUUACGAACGGGAAGUAUUAUUGUAGCAGCAGCACUAUCUUAUUCUAUUGCCACAAUGCCGGUUUCAUGCUUAAGGUCUGCUGCAUCUGUAUGGUGUCCUAAUGGAGCCAUUGAUAAUAAUAAUGCAAUUCAAUAAGAAUGAUAGCAAAAUAACACAAUAGAAAUGUUGGUAAGCUAAUGUUUCAUUAAAACGUUAAUAUUAUUAGUAGAUUUAUAGAAAGAAGUUUUAAAUGUAUUCUAUUAUAUGGAGUAUAUAUCCCAAAUAUUUUGAAUGGUCUUUCCGACGUGUCAAAAAGUUUGGGUCACCACUCUGUACACAUUUGUAGCGUUUUAAGUAGAACUAUCGUGAUACUCGAAGCCAACUACAUUUUAAGAAGAGUAUGUUAAAUGAUUGAGUAUGUUAAAAAAUAAUCGAAUUAUUUUGUAUGUCAUAUUUAAAAAAAAAAUCUUUAAAUAUUAUUUGCAUUUUGACGGAGUUGUCCGUUCAGUGAGUGUCACAUAUACUCAAUUGAAGGGUUUUGAUAGAAAAAAAACGUUAAUUCGCAGUCGUGACUGGUCGAGAAAAUGCCGGG